CUCGCUUGCUCACUCUUUGAGGCCAGAGUUUAGCAGCUGUCAGAGGACGGAGCAGAAGAUAGGAGGCUUUGCGAAAAGAAGGACGAAGAGAAAAUGCAACACAGGAGCGAUUCCCGACAUCAACACUUCUUCUCACAGCCAUCCACGGUUCAGCAUUUAAACUGUUAGUCUUUAGCCUCCGAGCUGGCGGACUUUCCCUCAGCUGUUGCUUUGUUUUGCUUUGCUUUGAUCGGCGCAGCGCUCUGUUGUCCAGAACUAGUCCAGACAUGAGCAACGCUAUCCCGAUUUUCUGGGACCAGUUGCAGGCUGGCAGCUCGGAUGUGGACUGGUGUGAAGGGAAUUACCUCAUCUACCCCAGCAUCGCUGAAUUUUACAACACGAUCAGCAACAUCUUGUUCUUUGUUUUGCCUCCUAUACUGAUGUUUUUGUUCCGUGAAUAUGCCCAGCACUUCAACAAUGGGAUCUACCUCAUCUGGAUCCUGCUGGUGGUGGUCGGCAUCGGUUCAACAUAUUUUCACGCCACACUCAGCUUCCUCGGCCAAAUGCUGGAUGAGCUGGCCAUCCUUUGGGUGCUCAUGUGUGCCAUCGCCAUGUGGUUUCCCAAGCGAUACAUGCCAAAGAUGUUCAGGAGAAACCGUUUGAGGUUCAAAGUGGUCAUCGGCAUCCUGUCUGGGAUCACCACCGCUCUGGCCUUUGUUAAACCUGUGGUCAACUCACUGUCGCUCAUGACUCUGGGCAUCCCCUGCACGGCGCUGCUCAUCACCGAGCUUAAAAGGUGUGAAAACUACCGUGUGUUCAAGCUGGGGCUGAUCUCGGGGAUCUGGUGGGCGCUCGCUCUGCUCUGCUGGAUCAGCGACAGGAUAUUCUGUGAAAUGUGGUCUUCAGUCAACUUCCCCUAUUUGCAUUGUGCCUGGCACAUCCUCAUCUGUCUGGCCUCCUACUUAGGCUGCGUCUGCUUCGCCUACUUCCAUGUGGCUACCGAGGCUCCAGAGCAAGGCCCCGUCAUCAUGUUCUGGCCCAACGAGAAGUGGGCUUUCAUCGGGGUGCCAUAUGUAUCUCUGCUCUGCGUUCAGAAAAAAUCUGCCAUCAAGGUGACAUAACCUGGUCUUCAUAGUUCUCAGCUCUACAGCUUUGACACCAGCAGGAUCCUGCAGCCCGUCUGCAAGCUGCACUGCCCCCCCCAAAACAGUGUCCGCUUUGAUCUGACUGGAAGAGGCACAUUCAAAGAGUGAACCUAAACCUGCUCUGGGAUCUACUUUGAAUACGGACUGAGCUGCAUUUAUGAAUCUCUGAUGUCAUUAAUAUGUGAAUUAUCAUGCAAGUCCUUAAAUGACAUAUCAAAGCCAACAAACCUUUACAGUGUUCUACACAUAAACUCAGGCUUUGCAUGAGACAUCAUGUGACUUUCUCAGAGCGUUCAGAUUAGUUAGGUAUCUGUGGCUUUGAUUCAGUUUCUAAAUGUUGGAAGACCUCAAUAUUAAGCAUCAUUCUGCUUCAAUAAUCAUACAGCAACUCGUUGGAGCCAGGUAUGGUAACAUAGAAGUAAUCAAAUAGACACCCGAUUUAUAAGCUGAUUCCUACAAGAAGGUAAUUCUUGCCAAGCCUUAGGGUCUAAUCUAGCCAUUGUUUGCCUCCAGCAUGCUACUGUGAUUCUUUUUUUUGUUUUGAGUUAUUUCAUUUAAAUGUUGCUAAACAUCAAUGCAAAAAAAAAAAA